UAAGCUGUUGACUUCAUAGAUUAGAAUGGAUAACCAAGCAUUGAACAUGCACCUUUACUUGAAUUUGUGGUCAAGAUUCUAAAAGAAAAAAAAGAUUUUCCACGCUUCAGCUUGAAAACAAAACUGUUCAUCAGUCUGUUGACCUCGAUCUUCAAUGUUCUUAUCAACUUAAACACCGUUCGUCAGUGACUUCACACUUCACACUUCACUCCCAAGAGUGUGAACCAAAAGAUUGAUGAAGCUAACUGCAAAGUGCAAAGUAAAUGCCUUGUCCUUUAAUGCCCCACAUUUUUGUAUUCAUGCAGGUUUAAAACCCUGACCUGUAUGAUACUGCUUUUCUCUUGUAACACUCAAAAUGCAGAGCACUGUACUCGUUUUGUCUCCUUCAACUCCAUUCUUCAAACCUCUAAAUAGAAACCUCAACCCCAGAUAUAGCCCGGUAUCAAACCUGUCUUCUUUAAAGCCAUUGGACCGCAGUUCCAUACAUGGACUUUCAUGUCAAAAAGCUUCUUAUCAUUCUCCUUGUUCUGGCUUCAAUGCUCGAAUCUCUGAGUCAUUCAUCAGUUCAAAUGGAAGAAGAUACGAUCGUUUUAAGGUCAAAGCAACUUCAGUUCCUGAAAACAUAGGUGAGACAGAGGGCUAUAGUGGUUUGGGUAGAACCUUGCAGCUUGGAGCCAUGUUUGCAAUUUGGUAUCUUCUGAACAUCUACUUCAACAUUUUCAACAAGCAGGUUCUGCAGGUCUAUACAUUUCCAGCAACAGUUACAGCCUUCCAAUUUGGCUGUGGGACUUUGAUAAUACUUAUAAUGUGGGCAUCUAAUCUCUACCAUCGACCAAAGCUUACUCGUUCACAGCUUGCAGCAAUCAUUCCAAUGGCUGUGGCUCACACUCUUGGCAACCUUUUGACCAAUGUGAGUCUUGGGAAAGUUAAUGUCUCAUUUACUCAAACAAUUAAAGCAAUGGAGCCCUUCUUCACAGUCUUACUCUCAGUUCUAUUUAUUGGAGAGUGGCCUACUUUCCGGAUAGUGUCCUCUAUACCAGUUGUAGGUGGAGUGGCAUUAGCAUCAUUCACUGAGGCAUCUUUUAAUUGGAUUGGUUUCUGUAGUGCAAUGGCUUCCAAUGUGACUAACCAAUCACGUAAUGUGCUUAGUAAAAAGUUCAUCGUUAGAAAAGAGGACACUUUGGACAAUAUCAAUCUCUUAUCUGUAAUAACCAUAAUUUCGUUUAUCCUAUUGGUUCCUGCUGCCAUUUUAUUGGAAGGUGUCAAGUUCACUCCUUCAUAUCUACAAUCUGCUGCAAACCAAGGUUUGAAUAUUAGAGAGCUAUGCACCAGAUCUCUUCUGGCUGGAUUCUGCCUCCACAGUUAUCAGCAGGUUUCUUACAUGAUACUGCAGAUGGUAUCACCAGUUACCCACUCUGUAGGAAAUUGUGUGAAGAGAGUUGUGGUCAUUGUCUCUUUAGUUAUCUUCUUCCAAACGCCUGUUUCACCCAUUAACUCCCUUGGCACUGCAGUGGCUCUUACUGGAGUCUUCUUGUAUUCGAAAGCAAAACGAAUGAAGCCAAAGCCUAAGGCUGCAUGA